AUGGUGAUACUCUCGCAAAGCUCUCGCAAAGCUCUCGCAAGACAAACCUCCUACAGAAAGGCUUCGCAAGGCGUACAUUGCUCGCAAUUGUCGAGUGUCGAGGGCGCAUCCGUGCUGCUAGACCAGUAUCCCUUUCUUUUCCGCUUCGACCGCGCUCUCUAUGUGAUCAAAUUGACCAGGACCAUGGCGAACACCACCAUCGAGUUCGCAUGGGCCUUGCAGGUCGACAUUGCAACACUCGGCGGCCAUCUUGAGGCAUACGAAAAACUGCAGUCGACGAUCGCCACAUUACGACUUUGCAACCGCUUCGGUCAAGGGAACAAAGCCACCAUUGCCAAGCUUCCAGUGGAAUUGGUGCAAAACGUCGAGAACUUCCUGCUGGAGGCGGAACGGCUCAAGCUAAAGAAGCAAUGGGUCAGAGAUCUCACGUGCUGGGAGCAGCAGUGCCGUCCCACCGAACAUAUGAGCCGAGAAGAGAUUUUGGAGUGCUACAACGAAUGGCGCGGCAGCAUUACGCCUGGUUCCUGGGAGGACGAGUGCGUUUGUGAAUGUGGAGAUGUUCACGCUCUUGACGAGUUCCCAGAGUCUGAAUUAGACACCAUCAACGAAAUCCUCGAAGGCUAUUACGACGGAUCAUGGCAUCGGGACCAAUGGUGCGACGAGCAUGAGGCUAGAAUCGAGAGCUGGUUCCGACGUACUGGAGAGCCAACGCAAAAGAGUCGCGGAACUUUCGACCGACUGUCGAGCAUCUUGUCCAAGCACUUCGGCCUCGAGACGUGGAUCACCCACGUUCACGAACAUGGAGAACCAGUAUUUCCUUCUCCCAAUAAUCUCCACUCAACGAAAGCAUAUCUCCGGCUUCCAGCGAAGUCAUCAGUACGGUAUGAUCAGAGACAGGAUUACACGCGUUGCCAUAUGGAGCCAUUCCGCGUCAAGACCGAGUUUGGUCUUGCUGGUGCGCUGUCUCUUCCGCCUGAGCCGGAACCGAGGUCUCUUGCGAGAUUUGCGCAUGCAUGCAAAGUUCUCCGUCUCUCAUAUGUGCCUUCUGAGCCGUCACCAAGCACCAUCGCUUUCGAGAACAGCGACUCUGACAAGUUGCCGGAUGUCACACUGACCGGAAAGACAAGUGUCGAUGCCCGACCACAGAUGACCAUGUUCGUUCGUUCCAACGAUGAGACGGAAGAUUGGUGA